UAUAGAGGCGAAUUGCAUUCAUGCAUUACUUCGAACAUUUUUCCAAAGUUUUGAUUUAUUUUGGAGAUGCGUUUCACACUUGCUAUAAUUUAUUUUAUUCUACUAAAAACAGUUGUUGGAGAAGGCAAUGAUUUCUAUUGUUUGGACGGCUCAGCCAUUCCGUAUGACAAUAUUUGUGAUGGGAAAGCACAAUGCGAUGACCAAUCAGACGAAGAUGAAGAUAUUUGUUCAACAGAUGAAGAUGAAUUUGAAUGCUACGAUGGACAGAAAAUUGCAAAACAGGCAGUUUGUAAUGGAACAGCCGAGUGCUCUGAUGAAACAGACGAGUCAAUAGAAAAAUGCGCAUUAAAGCAAUGUGAAGGAAAAAUGUUCAGAUGCAGUUACGGUGCAUGUAUAGACAGUAAAUUGGUGUGUGACAAGAAAAAUGAUUGUCUGGAUGGAUCUGAUGAGGAAGGAGGCAUUUGUUCAGAUGACAACAAGUGCGAAAUACCACACCAGCCUGCUCAUACAACAUUUGAAAUUUCAGACUGUGUCAAUUGUACGCCAGGAGCCACAGUUAAAUCUGGAACAAGAAUAAAGAUUACAUGCGGUCAUGGUUAUAUGCUACAUUCUAAAUACAGCGAAGCCUCUUGCAGUAGUGGAAAGUGGAUACCAGAAGUAGCUGAAUGCUAUCACCACAAUAUCCACUUAUUAUCAAAGCGGGCAAUUUUUAAAGAGCAUUGUUCGCCAAUCAUGGUAGAAGCUGGAGCUGAUGUGCAUUGUACAAAAGGUGGAAAAGAAAUAACGUGUAAAUUUCCAUUGCCAGCUGGAAGUAUUGCAAAAAUGACAUGUCACAACUAUUACUCAAUUGAAGGCACGAGCCAUGCUGAAUGCCUACCGAAUGGAAAAUGGAGUAGACAUUUGAAAUGCUCUUCUUCUUGUUACAAAGGAAUUGAUGUUGCUCUUAUUGUGAGAGGACAGUUGGCACAAUCUGCAGAGUUUUUCCCAUGGGUAGCGGCACUCUAUGCUGUGGAAAACGACCAAUGGACAUACAGAUGUGGAGGAACUUUAAUAAGUGACAGAGCUAUGAUUACAGCGGCUCACUGUGUAUGGAAACUGACAGGGUCUGAUUUUAAAGUAACACUAGGAAAAAAGUACAGAGAUUUCUAUAAUACAGAAGAACACCAACAAAACUUCAACAUAGAGAGGGUGAAGCUCUUGUCAGUCUACCAAGACAGCAAUGGAAAUUAUGGAAGUGACUUGGCAAUAUUAAUUUUCAAGGAAAUAGCACAACUAUCGGUCGCUAUUCAUCCAGCUUGCAUUCAAUGGGAUGAGGAUUAUUCAGAUAACAUUACACUACCAGGAAACAAAGGAUUAGUCGCUGGUUGGGGAUUGACAGAAGAAGAUAAGCCAAGUGAUGUUCUGCGUUACAUAAGCAUUCCAAUAAUCAAAACGAGCCAAUGUAUCAGCAAAGAACCAGACGACUUCAGAAAGUUCAUCACAUAUACAUCUUUCUGUGCUGGAUAUAACAAUGGAACGAGUGUAUGCAAUGGUGAUAGUGGUAGCGGUCUCUUAUUGCCGGACAAGGGCGCGCUAUACCUUGAAGGCAUUGUCAGCGUCAGUCCUCGCAGAACCAACUCGUUCAGCUGUCAGCCAAAACUCUACACUGUCUUCACAAAAGUGAACGCCUAUAAAAAAUGGAUACAACAGAUCCUUGAUGAGAGCGAAGAACCACAUCAUUUUACCUGAAGCUUCUGGAUUGUUCCAAAUGGAACUCUGAAUAAUCAUUUCAUUAACAUGUUUCUAGAGUGGCUUUAGUCCUCACUGAAUUUUAAUAAAAAUACAGAUCAAAUUCAAGGAA